CACAUAUUUUCACUGCGUGCUUCAACAUGCAUUUGGACGUAAAAAAAAAAAAAGCUGUUCAAUUCUUUCGUGUGUUUGAACGCACUUUAACUUCAGAAAGAGAAAGGUUGAAGGAAAAAGAGUCCCCCUUGCCACCUACGUCACGUCCUGUUAAACCUGUCCAACGAGAACACUCAGGGGAACCGUGGUAGUGUCCACCUUGCGCAGGGUUUUAAAACCAUUGCACUCUCAAGGGUGAGCAGCAAAGAUUUUCUUCUUCUAUUAGCCAUACAUAUUCCGGCAGAGAUGUUAUGUGAAGAAAGAGAAAUGUCAAUUUGGAGAUAUUGCCUGAUUUAACAACAAAUUCUAUAGGUUAAAACUGUAAAAAAUAUGUGGUAGAGAGUGGGGAGAAUUUAUAAUCAGAUCUGGUGAAUGAAAUUGCACUACAGGCUCACGCAAACUGCGAAAUGAUAAGCACCUUUUGAGAGCGUUUCAGGGUCAACUGUACUUAUCAUUGCGAUAACUUUUAUUCAUCGAAUUUCAUGCAUCUUUCUUCGUGUUUAAAACUUGUUCCAGCGAAUUAUCUAAAGACAAGCUUUUUGCAAAUGUUUUUGGUUGAAUAAUUGGCGCGUUUUGCUUAGUGUAGGUUGUCGUUUGACUUGCCGAUUUGGCACAUCAAGGUAUAAUGACAUUGUGUAGAAUUGGAUAAUAAUUUGAAUUGUACAGCAGGAAGGAUUCAUUUAGCAGUUUUCAGUCGUAAAAUCCCUUAGAGUGUCCUUUCACUCAGGUCGCGAGUCAAAAAAAACUCAGUUUCAUUGUCCUCGUCCACCUCAUAAGGCUGCGCGCUGAAACGGUGACGGUAAUUCAAAGGGAGAAAGACAAAAUAGGGUUUUAUGUUUAUUAGGUUAAUAUGACAUGGGGUUCGCUCGAUACAGAUAUUUUCACUGCUUUCCUCCAACUUCACAUACUUGCUCACUGGGACCAAACAAACAAAACAAAUGAAACGCAAACUCCCCAUCAAAAUGAUCAGUUCUUCAGACAGAAGGCGUUAACACUCGUGUAAAAUCACUAGCAAAGCAAAGCUCGUAAACGCGGGGGUUCAUUGCACUUUACGAAGAAAUAGAAAUUGCUGUUUAUCUCCACUUAACUAAACACACACGAAAACAUGUUUACGAACAAGGUGCUGACAAUGCGCAUGCCAAGCGCGUUACUAUUUCAAUAGCAAAACCUUUUCUCCCAAAACAAAGCGCAUUAUUGUUAUCUACAGGUGAGACCACUCAGCCAGGCAUUAAGCGAAGGGAAACUUAAUCUCACAAUUGUUAGAGGACAUCCGAUCCUUGAAAUGAUAACAGCGGCGUAUUUUUUUGACCUUUCACUCCGUUUCAGGAAGACGGGACGCUCCAGAGCUUCAGUAAGGCUCUAAAGGAGGGGUCGUGAGGGAGUCGACUCAUAUUAUUGUGUCCCGCCGAGGGCUGUUCCUGACCUUCUUUUACCAAUCGAGGCCGUGCAAGGCACGCAGUGGCGCCAGGAUAGGUAUUUGCACUGCGUUCACAUUCCUCAUAACUCGUCUUACAAUUUUGCAUGGAACCAUUAAGACCUUAACAUUGCAAGUCUUGCACUGGCUCAGCUCUCGUUGCGCUUACAGAUUGGAAAAGAUUCUGACACUUGUACAAUACAGCUCCACUGAGAAUGAAAAGCUUAGAUGCAAAUAACAACGAAAGGAUUUUAAAACAUGGUUACCUGCUGAAGCAAAGUGAAUUUCUAAAGCAAUGGAAUCUUCGGUAUUUUGUCCUUAGUAAAGAAUGUCUCUGCUACUACAAAACCGAAAAGCAAUCGGUAGAAGACGUACCUAAAGAGGUGAUAUUUUUCAACGACAUGUCUCUUUAUAUAGACGAGCUGCCUGAAAAGCAGACAAAGUACUGCUUAAAGCUUGUAAAGCGAUCAGUUUCGGCCGGCAAAAUCGCAACUCGGACAUUUCAUCUGUGUUGCUUCUCAGAGCACGAAAGAAACGAAUGGCUUUCGCAGAUUCUCCACGCGAAAGCAAUCGCGCUGGUGGUCGAUCCGACAGCGUGGAUGGGAAAUCAGGAAGCUUCCACGCAAGACAUGGAUAUUGAGCUUGCUAAUUCAGCUGGCAGUGUCAAGCUCGCCCCUGCUAAAGUGAUUUUGCAGAAGUGUCGGCGUAAGCUUUCUCUUAGUGCAAAUACGAGGGAUUCUCGAAACUGUUUGUUCCUAGAUGACUGUAACGUAAACAGAAGAAGGAAAUCCACGCCGCGUCUAAGUCAAGAAUGGAGAAACACUUUAAUGGUGAUUUAACUCCUGUGCGCCCCUAAAAAUCGAGAAGGGGGACAGACAAUUUUGAAAAGAAUAGUAAUCUGCAGAAUUUGUAAAUGGAAGGAUUUAGAAAAAUACCUGAUCGCUAGCAGCAGAGGAAAGAAGCAAAUACUGUACAGUUUUUGCGCUGCAUUUUGUGGCAGUCUGGAUGGUUGAUCGUUCAGUAAACUUCCACGUAAGCAUUUAUUAAAGUAAAAGAGUGAACAUGAAGGUGAAGUAACUUUUACUCGUUUGUUUCGUUCAGUACUUUCCGGUCGAUCAAAUAGAAAUAUUUGUUAGAAAGAGUUUAUUUUAUUAUAUUUUUAGCUUGUUAUAUAACGACAUUCGAGUGAUGAAGUUGAAUAGAUGGAACUGGACUGAACAAUAAUUUCCAUAUAAUGGUGAAUCGAGUACAUUACGUUUUAGGUUUGUGAAAAACAUGGCGUUUUAAACCAUUUUAAGUUUCACACUAAUAUCUGAAGCCCACUUUUAAAUUCGGAAAAGCUGCCGAAAUAAGUGGCGUCUCUUAAAAGAAAGGUUGAAUGUCUGCUCCAACGGAUGUUUCUCCGUGAUUUAGAACAUUGCUAGCAGUCGUACAAUCGUUAAUGUUAAGUUAUUUUACUGAUCGGCGAUACCACUCAAUUUAUUUGAAUUAUUCAUGCACGACAAAGAAAAAAAAAGAAAAAAAAAUACUAGACGGGGGAAAUUACCUGAAAUCGGCUUUGAUUGCAUAAUCAGUUGUCAAAACACAAGAUACUUUUACUUUCAGAAUUUAGCUGUCAAAGUUGUUGACAGUUAAAAUCUGCACUAUGCAGUAAGGUAUUUAUAAAUUAUUUCCAUUUUGACCAAUCUUUAGAGGUAUUUAAGAGUCGUUAGGGAACAUAUGGUAUUUUAGGAAUAUAUUUUGCAGUCAUUGCAUGUAGCUUGUGUAAAACAGUUCAUUUGAUCAAUAUCCGUAACUAAGGAAAUUCAAGACGCGCUCAACUAUGUUGAUCUUGUUAAUUUUUCGAUGAGAAUUCAAUAAAACACCAUCAGUAGUCCAUGG